AUGUCAGACACUUCGAAGGGACUGGCCAUUUGGCCUUACUUCAUCCUGUUGAUCCUUGGAUCAUUCCUUUGCAUUGGAAAUGCUGUUACGACUGAUGCUACUCUCUCCGCGAAUAUCACGCUCUCACCCUACGGUGUGAACACCCCAGCUCUGGCCGCUGGAUCACUACUCAAUAGCCGCCAUGACACUGUUUCACCACUGCCCUCUGCCUAUGAUCUGGCCUACAUGGACUUCGAUUUUAAUGGUGGAAACCUGAUGAACCGUGAAGUUUCAUCCGGCCCAACCGCAUCAGAUUGUCCAUGCUGCAUCAGCCAGACUGGUUCGACUCUUCCGCCUUUCUCCACGGCCUCGAGGGAUCCGCGCCCUGAUGUUGCCCCGGGUUCUUUCACUGGAUCCGUGUCAGAUUGGACCUCAACAGUAACCAUCCCCGGUCAGCCAAUUGCCAAUAACCGGAUCAUGCAAUGCGCAGCAUGUGAAGGAAGUGUCUGUGUCGAAUGGUAUGGCUCAGAAGCACCAGUUUCUGAAACCAGCCUCUCCCGACGAGACGAACCAGAUCUCCUUCAGCCGUUCUUGACAAAUCCAGAUGGUUGGAAGGCCGGUUCAUUCGACUGGUGGAGAAAGGCGUACGACAAUGUCAGGCUUUUUGGUGCUAGCUUUGGCCCAGGCAUCAAGAACAGAGAAAAACUUGAUCCCGUCGUGCGGAAGUGGUCCCAUGGAUCCCACGCCAAGUUUAUUCCAUUCGACUUCACGACCUCCACCGGAGAACGUAUUUAUCGUGAGAAAGGCUUCAUUGGCGGCGUCACUCCUAUCUGGGGCUGUACUGCUAUUUUGAUCGCCACAGACCGUGGUGUGUACACGGCCCACCUUUGGGAGGUGCCAACAUUCAAGCCACCGGGCACCCUCACUCGGCCGCGGAGGGAGGCUGAGUUGGAGUGGGACUGGAGGGUUACCCAAUUCUUCAAGACAGGAAACGAAGGAAUCAUCGAGCCCAAAAGCCCAGCUCUGGCAGAGUUAGCCGCAGAGGGCCGUGAAUUCUCAGACGUCACUCGAAGGUGGAUCAGGGUUCACCUUUGGACCCCAUAUAACACGUACAACAUUGGCACUCCGAGGUUUCCUGACCUGGUUGAGAAGAUUGAUGAAGAAUUGAUCCACCAUCUCAAGAUCGAGAAGUCUCAAAUCCACCGGCAUCUCUACAUGCGCAAGCCACCUAAGGACGCAUUCGGGAAUGACAUUAACCCGCACGAGUUCUACAGUGCUCAACCGGGAACGUCGCUCGUAAUGUAUCAAUACGCCCCGAAGGAAAAGAAUGGCGGGCAAGGCGAGGUCAUUCAAAGUGGAGAAGAUGACUCGGAAGACGAGGAGUCAGAUCACGAAUGGGACCUUGACUACUGGUCGUCUGACGAAGAUGCGAAUAUUGGCAAGGGAAAACAACCCGCGAGGAAGCCUGAGCCGAAGCCGAAGCCCGACGAGAAGCCUGGUGACAAAACAGGCGAGGAACCUUCGAAGCCCGGCCCGGAGUUGAGGGCUCUCAGGAUUUGGUUUGACCGGAAACAAGUCGAGACCAAACUCUGGUGUCCCCAUGGGGCCAACUGCGAGGAGUUUUGUGAGCGAGAGAUUGGUCUCCUUCAGCAGACCUCUCCAACGUCCACUCAGGCCCUUAGUAGUUUCUGGCGGCGUGCAAAGGGAAUCAUUUCGCCCCGGACUCCCAGAACCCAUGGCGGCUUGUUUGGUGACAAACUCACACACCCCGACGCUUGGCCGAGCAGGAGGGCGUGGUGGGAGCGUGUGUACCAUUUCGUGACGUCCUACGGGGCAGUCGCGGAUCCUAUGGGGGUUGAGAGUGGCGAUGAUUAUUCCCCGAACAACGCUGUUUAUACCCCACUUGGCGAUUACGGCAUCGGAGGCGGUACGGGCCCACUCUUUGGAUGUACGGCUCUUCUCAUAGCCACAGAGAAAGGCGUGUAUGUCGCACACAUCUGGCAGCGUCCCACCUUUGUUGGGGCAUCGCACGACCGCCACGUUCGAAGCCCUCACCUAUACGAGCCCGAAGCACUCUGGAAGCGUCGAAUUACGGACUUAUUUGAACUUGGCACGCAACCUAAGGCCGGGUCCUCAACCCGACCUGGUCCGUCGCUUGUGGAACUUUCCCAGGGCGAGCUCGGUCCAGCUGGCCCCGGCGGGUUUCGCGUCGUGUUCCUCAUCGUUCCGGACCGCACGCGUGACAUACGGGCUAACCUCUCAGGCAAGCCAAGAUACAAAGAGGGCACUAAGCGUCUGAAGCGUGAAGUUGCAGAUAUCUUGGGUAUUAGCAGAAAGGAUAUCCAUGUCCGCACCUACUUCAAGCGCGAGCCCGGUUCUACGUUCGGAUUUUUACACCAGGAAAACCCGGCCUAUUACAGGCAGAACGCCGGAAAUAACCUACUUUUCUGGCAAUAUGGUCCCGCCCAUAGUCCGCCUCAACAACUCACCGGCCAGGACACUGUCAAGGCAAUUCGGAUUUGGUGGGAUAAGCGAGUGAUUGCCAACAUUGAAUGGUGUCCGGAGAACGCUGAGUGCCACCCCGUACCUAGCUGUGGAGCUACCGAUGAUGAAUCAAGUGGAGAAGCCGGACCAUCUCUGCCACUUCUCCCCCGAAGCCCCGCGGCUGGCCUGUUGGCUGGAUAUGAUGGCGCGAACGAUACUGUCAGCCCUCAUAAUGUCCCUGGUUUCGAUCUGGUUAGGCGCGGGGAAGCCGCUCCCUCUCAGACCUCCCAGGCACCACCCGAAUCAGCUACCUCCGAACCCGCCUCGCUGGCACCACCUGACGAUUACAAUGGUCUUUGGCAAGACGGAAUUUUCCAACCACAGCUCACGCAUCCCGACCACUGGGAAUUGGGACCGAACGACUGGUGGCGUCAAAUGAAGAACAACGUUGACAUGCACGGCGCGAGUACUGGAAAGGGGUAUCCGUCACCAGACGAUUUCUACUCCGACCAUGCCACCUUCCGUAAGUUUACAGAGAAUCCCAUCGGUACAGGAGUGACCCCAAUGUGGGGUUGUACCGGGAUGGUUGUUGUGAGCAACGUCGGAGUCUAUGUCGCCCAUUUCUGGCAAAUCCCUUUGUUCGAGCACAAUGAUCCACGAUCAACGAAUAGAUGGUCCUACGAACCGGAAGAUAUUUGGCAACGGCGCGUUCCCAGGCUCCUGUACCAUGGGUAUCCUCCUAAACCGGAGUGGAAGCGCCAGCUCCCCGCUGUCCCUGCGCUCGCGGAUCUCACGAAACCCGGACAGGCUUUUGAUCCCGACUUCCGUGACUGGAUCAAGGUUACGAUCAUCACUCCGGAUGCAGAAACUGGUAGACGCACGAAGACUGAACUUUACGCCGACAAGAUCGAACGUCUCCGGCAAGAAGUCGCCGAGGUCCUCGAUAUAGAUCCCGACGGACCGGAUAUGAUGACCCGUACCUACCGUAUCGAUCAGUAUCGUCAAUUCGGUCAAGAUUCCGACGAUAUGGAUGCCCUCUUUGACAACUUGCCCGGCGUCCACCUGAUUGGCCUUCAGUAUGCGCCCGACAGCUCUUCCUAUAGCAAACCUGAAGAAAAGGCCAGAUCGUUGAGGCUGUGGUGGAGCCGGAAGAUAUUGUGGAGGAUCGACUGGUGUCCACCUGACGAAGAAUCUGAUUCUGACAGUGACGAGUCAAUAAUCAGUGGCAAAGGGAAAGACAAAGUUUGCGGCUCGCGAUCCGGUUCCCCCAACGCGCCCCCCAAGCCGGGAGAGGAUAAAGGAACUUCGAUGGACGGCUCGCCGACCGGCAGUGCCAACAGCGGAUCACCGACGAAUGGAACUGGUGGUCAACUUCCGUCGUCGAACGCUACACUCACCGGAUCGGGAGUAGUAGGCACGGGGAUUUCCGCACCGACGAAUGGUUCUACUGUUUUGCCUAGUUGGACCAAUUCUACAAUCACCUCGACGUCACUCGGUGUCUCUGGAACGGCGGGUACAGAGGUUUCGAUCACCGGAUUGCCAACGAAUGGUACUUCGGUUGAAACACCGUCGUUCAAUGCAACAACCACUUUGAUGCCAACUGGUACCUCUAACACAACGGGCACCGAGGUUUCGAUAACGGGAUUCCCGACGAAUGGUACUUUGGUUGAGACUCUGUCCACUAAUACAACAACCACAUUGAUGUCUACUGGCGUCUCUAACACGACCACAGUGCUCUCCACUGACACGGGUCUUUUGAUUACGGGAUCACAAACAGGCGGUAGCAUGGGGCAGCCAACGAUGACCGGUACCCUCAACUCUACCACCGUGCUCUCUGGCUCGGAGUCGGAAGCAGGGACAGGAACCUCGAUGAUCGUAUCGUCGACGACUACUACGAAGGCGCCUCGACCAACUCCCUCGGGCAAUACAUGCGGCAUCCAAAUUGCUCGAAAGGUCUUCCCAUACCAGGAUAUGUACACGGAGAUGACGGGCAUCAUGGGGAAGUUCGAAGUAUUCCCCAACAACACGCUGGGCAUCUUCUAUGUGACCUAUGCCGAGAUCUUCAACAUUACACUUGGCGACAUGGUCCAGCUUUACAAACGGGACACGGAACAACCCUUUGACAUGCGCAUCUACUCUGGCCAGUCGUGGCAGGAUCACCUGUGGAACAAGGGCUACAGAUGCGAGUGUGACGGACCCAACGGAGCCUGCGACAUCUACUCGCGCAAGUGCUGCUCCGCCGGCAACUGCGACGACGUGGAUCCGUACAUCUGCAAUUGCGAGAACCCGGACACCAACGACGUUCUCUGCUGGCCCGACCACGAAGAUGUGGCGUCUUGCUGCGUGACGGAGGAGGGAUGUGGUUGGGUGGUUCGCGAUCCGGACUUGUCUCGGCCGCCGCUUGACCAGAAUUUGCCUAGGUUCAAGUACGCGGGUUGGCAUUGGCAUAUGCAUGCUCCGAGGCCGAGGCACGGUUUGCCGUAUCCGCCGGAGCAGCCUUGGUGUGAACCCUUGCCGGACCAAAUGAAUGACUUUGGUGGAGGAGAAGUCGGCGAUCCCGCAUUUGGUCAUGUCUACAACUAUAUCUGCUACUUCAAUUGCAACGGCGAAGACGGUCGCUAG